AUGGCUUGGUGUAGAGCCUUACUCCCUUGCAAGUCGCGGUGGCAGAAGCUCCUGGGGCGUAACAGCACCAAUAAGGACGAACAGAAUGAAGACGACCGGGCUCCAUCGAUUGAUAGGACGCCUAUUUUCGAAGAAAUGACAAUUACUGCAAAGUACAUCAACGGUGAAAAAAUCACGGAGCAUAUCGUCGUGAAGACUAAGCGCAUUGAUGACCGAGGACACACCUGCAUCUGUAACUGUGAUUCGAACAGCAUUGCGGAAACCAGACAUUCUGGGCUUAGCUCUAUCAGCCUUUCAGAUCAAAGUACAAUUGUCAAGGACGCGAAGGCCCUGGAAGAACCUAAACUCUUUGCUGUUCACCCUCCAUACGUUGACGACUCAACCGGCGAGCGGAUGGUUAGACUCUACUACGAGCUCUCAGUAAGCCUUGAUGACCUUGAGAUCAGAGGCCUUGAAUCUCGUAUCCCAGAGUCUGACGAUGAUUUGAUCGAGGCCCUCUGUCGUUAUCGAGGAAAGGAUUUUUGGGUAUAUGUUCCUUAUUCGUAUGCCAAAGCUCGAAUGGUUUUAAUGGUUGCCCUGAACGCCCGCUUUAAGAAGAAGCGCAUUGCUGAUCCUGAGUCUUUUGCUGCCUUCACUGAUCAUCCCCAUCAAGAGUAA